AUGGUCCCAAGGAUGGCCACUCUGCCGCCUCCGCUAUUUUCUUGUACCACUCAGAAGCAGCCCCGAGCUUUAGUAGUCUCUAACCUAAAGCUCCGACCACUGCAACAGACGUUCUCAUCUCCGGCUAGAGUAAUCUCCCAGAACUCAUGCUCUUUGUUUAAGGAUCGUCAGGCCGCCGCCCAUUACAGUACUGCCGGAGGUGCUUUCCAUGGGGAGAUUUAUGAGAUUCAGCCGGCAAUCAUCAAUUUGGGAAUCGUGAUUGUUCAUCCAGGGAGGGCGUACGUGGUUGAGAAGUUGGGCAAGUAUUCCAAGACAUUGACAGCGGGAGUUCAUCUUGUGAAUCCGUUUCUGGAUCGGAUUAUGUUUGUCCAUUCAUUAAAAGAAAGACUGAUCCAUCUCCCAUCCAAAGAGGCUAUUACCAAGGACGGAGUUCCUAUCACUGUCACCGGAAUUCUCCUCAUGAAGGUUGUGGAUCCUGUACUAGCUUCUUAUGGAUCUGAAAAUCCCAUCGGGGGUCUCAUUGAAUUAGCACAAAGUAUUUUGGACACUGAGAUUGGAAAGCUCAGUUUGGACAGACUAAUUGAGACCAGACCUAAUAUCAACCAGACUAUAGAGAUAUCCCUGAAUGAGGUCUCAACUGCUUGGGGCAUAAAAUGCACCCGUUAUGUCAUAAGUGAUAUAGGUCUACCUGAUGGGGUAAAGAUGGCCAUGGAUCUGGAAGCUGAGAUUAAACGCAAGAAGGCUGCAGAAUUUUUAGAGGAAGAAAGGGAGAAAGAAGCAAUGAUGUUUUCUUCAAAGACUACCAAGUUCACCCUUGCUGAAGUCAGCAAGUCAGAGAGUUGCGGAACGCUAUGUCAACGCAUUCAGUAA